AUGGUCAAAUGCGAUGUCCUUCUUCUCCUCGACUGCUGUGCUGGUGCAAGUGCCGCUCCUCUGACUGAAAGACCGACAAAUAUCAAAGAGACCAUCGCUGCCUGUGGAUUCGAGACGUGGACACCUCGUCCAGGCGCGCAGUCCUUUACCCAUACACUAAUCGAGGUCUUGAAGGAGUGGGCCUCACAGCUCCCUUUCUCGGCCGCGAUGCUGCACAGCGAGAUAUUAACUCGACUCAAACACGCUCAGCCUGAUCGGUCUUCGCAAGGAAGGUUGAUCGAGUCAAGGAAGACGCCUGCUUAUAUCCUCUCAACGUCUGAUCCACAUGCUGCUUCCAUCACCUUGGGCAGGAUGUUUGAAGAAGAGUCUAGCUCGGUGUCGUCAUCUCGGGCAAUACCUGAGUCAGAUCUCAGGAGUCUCUCGGAGAGAGUGCAGUCAGAUACUUAUAUCUCGUCUGAGGACCGCAUUCAGGCCUUGUUGGCUGUUGGUAGAAAAGGACAGCGAGCGGCCCCGCAUGUUCUUCUCACUAUUGCACUGGAAGAAGAACAAGUCUAUGAUGCGGCGAGUUGCGCUCGAUGGCUCAAGCAGUUUCCACUCUUGGCAACUCAUGUAAGUGUGGAGUCUGUCUACCGCAGUUAUUCAACCCUGCUCCUACUUUCUGUGCCAGUCGUUCUUUGGGAUCUACUACCAGAACAUCCGGCGACUCAGUUUGUGGGCUACGUCAAGUCCCGUAACCUCUUGUCGAUAGACAUGGCAAAGGAUGGAGCGGCUACGCCAAUCCCCAUUACCAGACAAGUGACGGGUGACAAAACUGGCGGCGACUCCUUUGAUUGCGUUUCUCCGCUAAGAUCAGUAUCCGGCCUCAGUAGCUUGGAUUCUGGAUACGCUUCCUGUCUCUCACGACCCGCAAGCUUAGGUGUGGCAUUGAGGCAUAAUCGACUACCCAUGGAUGGGGCAAUGGGCUCCCUGGCUAGCCAAGCACUAGCGAGCAAGAGAAGAAACAAGUUGUCAUCAACAGAGCUUCUGGGGCCAGAGAGGCCAACUUCUACACCAGUCAACGCACGUUUCAAGCCCAAACAGGAGUCUAGUUUGAAAACUCGCAGAUCAAAACGCCUGGUCGUGUCAGUUGGCGAAGCAGAGCUGGACAACGACAAAAUCGGCUACACUUGUGUUCUCUGGUAUGGAUAUGAUGUUCAACAAAGCCAGUCCACCAAGAGAAUAACACCAAAACCAAUAUGGAACGAGGACUUUCGGUUUGAAGCACAUGACUCGCCAAUGUACUACCAUUUGAGGGUUUCUGUGUGGGGAGCGCAGAUGCUUGAGCUCAUUGGCGAGCUACAUGUUGAUCUCUGUGAGCUUGUAUUAAGGGGACAGCUGCCAGAGCUUGGAGCAUGGCAAAAUUUGAGUCUCAACAGUGCAGCGGUCGGGAGAAUUCGAAUCAAGCUGGCAUACAUGGAUGCCAACGAGUACGAGGAACAGCAAACCACGGCAACCAAGGUUUCGGCAGCGAAACGGCAACAGCAGCGGCAGAAGUUGGAACGGCAGCAGAGUGAUGACGGGCAGGCUCGGGUUCACCAGAUGGACUUCCAGGUUUGGUAA